CAAAUAUACCACAUUGGUAAGUCUUACUUUUUCAGAAUGUAAGUUUUAAUUAAAUUAAACAUCACCUUUCAGAUCUAGCAGCCUGAUUGCAGAUGAAGACAACAGAUAACUAAUUAUUCAUAAUAUAAUUGCAAUGGAAAACAUUUUCAAGCACUGACAAUGUAAAAAGCUCUCUUUUAUUGUUCACCCAUGGUAAACACUGAAGGUUAACUGGUAUCUUUGAACCAUGGUAUCAGCUACUUGGGAUGACUGCAUCAUUUAGUUCCUUGCAAAAUAAAUAUAGCUCUAUCUUGUCUUAUUGCUAGAAUGAGGCAGUAUGACAAUGUAUGCUUUGCAGAAAUUUAAUAAACAGAUUAUAAUAGCUGUUAUCCUAGUCAUCCAUAAUUUAAUUUGUCAGUGCAUGAUAUUACAGCAAUCAUCAGAGAAAUUAUGAGGAGGUUGCAUCAAAGCUGGCAUAAACUAUGAAUCUUGCUCAUAUAAAAGUCAUGAAAACUAACCACUUAGAAAACAUUAAGUCAACUAAUAGUUCAGGCCAAAAUAUUAUUCCAUAGAUCUCCCAUUCUUAAAAAAAGGCAGCUUUUUCUGCUUCCUAUUUAAUGAUGCUGGUUACUGGUUAUGAUUAAUGCAGUGAAAAGUCUGAGUAGUUUUAGCACAAGAGUAAAGAAAGCAUGAUAGCCAGUUUUGGUGUAUUGGUUAAGACAUCAAGCUACUAUGAGUUCAAGCCCUGCCUUAGGCACAAAGCCUUGGGCCAGUAACUUUCUCUCAGUCCUAGGAAGAAGGCAACGGAAACUACUUACGAAAAAAUCUGGCCAAGAAAAUUGCAGGGGACUAGUCCAGGCAAUUUCUGAGAAUUAUAGUUCGUACAUGGGACAAAGAAAACAACUGCACGCAUCAAUUACUCCCUGAAUAUGUAGUUAAGGCAGACUUUGAGAGUUGGAUAGGGCCCUGGGACAGAUUUUGCCACUUGUGUCUAAAAACUAUCAGAAGAAUAAAUUAUGUAUAAAAACAGAUCUAUAACACGCGCAAUAGGGAUCCCACAUAAGAUCUUAUAAGCAUUGGAUCUCUCUAGUGAGUUUAACCACUGCACUGCAUUGUAAUCCUUACAAAUUAUUCAAAAUACUUGUUACGUACUGUUUAUAUCCAAGUUCAAUAUUUCCUGCAAAACUAAACGAACUUUCUAAAGUUACAUGAAACUGGUCCAACCAGCGUGGAGAGUUCUGUAGCUUCGAUAAUACUAUAGAAAUAAUUUCAAAAAAUAAACACGGAAACAAGGAGACAUAAUACUAAACAAACUCAGUAGAUUUUAGUAUAGUUAAGUAAAGAAGCCUCAUUGCUUUUCGUCCCGCUGUUCAUUAUUCGUUCUGCAAGUUGCAUAUUGUUGGUCAAGAACCCAAAUGAUCCUUGCCCAUCUUUCCACGGAGCCCCGAAAUGUACUUGGGUAAUACUGUAUUACUGACAAACAAUAAGCACGGAGUUUGUUUUUUUAAGAGUCAGUCAAGAGUUUUGAACCGUUUGUGCCAUCGCCCGUCAUUUCCCGAUGCUCGGCCAUGUGGCAUCGCUGUUUUCGACGAAGAGUCCUCGUUUGAAGGGCUGCUGCUCGCCCUAAAUUCAACAAGUCCCCUACUCUCGGUCUCCCUGCGCUGGAGGAACGCGCGAACUCUCCCUAGUGGAGAACCAGCGGCAGUUCCCGUCUCUUUUCCGGUGCGAAGCGCGCGCGCGCGCAUUCACAGCCCUACUCCCGCUCGCACCAGCAGACAGGCUGGCCGCACGCGCUCUCCUUUCUCUCGUGCAUUUCCUAAAGUAGGAGGAAAGCCAGCUUCUCCGAGUCCUCCGUCUGCAAAACUGGGGAAUGCUUCAAAGUGAACAGCUCUUGGAGUCAGGUUUGAAACCGGGAUUGCCGAAAACGGGAGCCCCGCCGCCGCUGCUCCCCUCCUCUUCUCCGCCUUUCUCCCUAUAACAGCCUCCCGCCCUCAUUUUAUUUUUUUAAUCAGAUCUGAGAUCUCAUUGGUGGGAGUUCAAUAAAUGAGGACAUUUCCAGGAUUGCGUGGCUUCUGCUGUUACUCUGGCACUGAAUUGCCUCCGCGACUCACGAAUGCAUUAAUGUUGGACUGCGAAAUCUAAUGAGGAAGAAGGAAAAAAGCAGGCGUUGAUAGUGGUUGGGGUCUACGGAAAGAUUUUUUCCUCUUUUUUUUUUUUAAAUCUCCUUGGUGUUAUCUUGCAGCAGAUGCUCUUGCGAGAGUGGAUCGUUCCUCUGCAAGCUUGCAGAAGUGAGCUGAUAGAGAUGCAUCAUCGCAAAGGAACUGCACUGACCUUUACUUAUUUCUAAGGAAACGCUGUAAGGCUAAGUAACAAGAUGGCCAAAGGAACCGAUCAUGAGAUGAGGAAUCUUUCAUCUCCAGCCUCACAGUCCCUCAAUGAUGAAAGUACCAUAGGAAGUGAGGAACCCAGCAAAUGCUUGCUUGGAGUCUCCGAGAGUGAAGUUGAUUCAGCAACAUCACUUGCCUUAGAAAUGAAAUAUGCAUUGGAUCCCAAUCGGCAAAUCAAGAAAAGAAACAAAGCCCUACAGGUGAGAUUCAAAGACAUCUGUGAGGCCCAGAAUGAGCAAAGGGACAAACAGCUCUCUUUGUUACAGCAGACUGACCAAAAGGAAGCAAAACCCAUCUCUUACAGAGCAACUUACCGAAAAUACAUGACAGUGCCUGCCCGAAGAUCAAUCCCGAAUGUUACUAAAAGUACAGGAGUUCAGACUUCGCCUGAACUUAAAAAGUGUUACCAGACCUUCCCUUUGGACCGGAAAAAGGGAAAUAUAAUCAAAAGCAUAGCUUCAGUGGACACUUUUCCAAGUCAAAACAACGGAUUCCUAAUUGAUGUUAAAGAGAAAGACAGCAAAAUCUCAGGAGAGGCUAUUCAGUGUAGCAAGAAAGUCACUGGAUUUGUGACAGCUGAAUUUAUUUCACAUACUAAUGAACGCAUGAAUACAAUAGAACCACCUUCCAAGGACAACUGUUUGGAGACAUGUAUAAGCACUGAUUUGCACAGCUGUAGUAAAGAACCUCUUUCUCUACAGGACUUUGCAGCUUCAGUUUUAGAAGAGGCUGAUUAUCAGCUGCAUGACAAAGCAAAACACCACACUGGGCCAUUGAGGUAUGAGGAAGCUAAUCCAGCCAGCCAAGGAAAAGUGUUCAAGACAGAAGUAGCUUCUGUCUACUUGCCUGCAUCUGGUUCACACACCUCACUGGCUGACCAGCAACACUUUGCAGCACCAGGGAAUGACUGGUCCCUGGAUCCAGCCAACAAGGAGGACAGAAAAAGAACUCUGCAUCUUAAUGGUCUGCAGUCACAAGCUGUAAGUACAGCUCAGGCCUAUUCCACACCGGCACAGUGCCAGUCUACCCUAUGUAACGAACAGACCCUUCAGGUAAAUGUUUCACCUAUGGAAGGAAAACAGCCUUGUCAGACAGCAGUUACUAUGAGUGAAGGAUGUCAACAAAUUGUGCCUCACACUGAAGUGGUAGAUUUGAAAGCACAGCUACAGAUGAUGGAGAAUCUGAUCAGCUCAAGUCAGGAAACCAUAAAGGUCUUGUUGGGUGUUAUUCAGGAGUUGGAAAAGGGAGAAGCUCAUAGAGAAGGAUAUUGUUCCAAGGGGGAAAACUUUAUGUCGAAAUCGGACCUUGACUAUGUAAUGAAAGCUUCUUCUCAUUUGUUGAGACUUGACCCAUUAAAGCUUUCAUAUCGGACUGGUCAAGACACAUCCAAUUGUGACACAUGUAGGAACAGUGCGUGUAUAAUCUAUAGUGUGGAAUUAGAUUUUAAGCAGCAAGAAGACAAACUUCAGCCAGUUCUGAGAAAACUUCAUCCUAUUGAGGAAACUCAGGUUGCACCUUUGCCUUAUUCUCAGGAGAGUUACUCCUCAACUCCCAAGCAAAAAUCCAAAACUGAAUCAAAAAAGCAUGGAAGAUGGAAACUCUGGUUUCUUUAACUAAAUCCGUAUUAUAUGGAAUUUUAAGAUCGCCUUCAUUUAAAAAAAAAAAACUACAUCCACAUGAACUUGUGGAGUUUUUAAAAAAGGAUCCUAAUAAUUUGGUGACUGUCAGCAAGUGUUACUCUGACAAUAUUAAGAAAGCAUUUUUUCUCACCAUAUGUACCAAAAAAGGCCUUUGUACCUAUGAAUGAACUUUCAGGAGUAAGGCAUUCAAAUUGCAUACCUUGUCAACUUUUUAUUUGAACUUCACCAUCGUAGGAUGUUAAAGAACCUUUAAAACCAGGAUAGAAAUUCGUGUUAGCAAAAGGAAAAAGUAUAAUUACUUGCCCACCAUUCUUUUGUUAAAAAUAACAGGUAAAUGUUAUUUUUCAGAAUCCAGAUUUUGUUUUGAUUCUUUGGUUUCUCCCCUGAGAUUGUUCACUGUACAUUUAAUUUUCCACAGAUCCUGGGGUGGGUAGAACCAUUUUCAGCACAUAGAUACCCUGAGGAAAGCACAAUAUUUUCAAUGGUCUGAGACCAUGAAUAAUCUUUGAAAUGUGAUUAUGUGUAUACUUGCCUUUAUGUGCUGUAGCAUUAUGCCAAGUGAUUGCACCUCAGUGAAAUGCUGGCACCUUUAAUUUACUGUCAUUUUCAUCACAUAACCUACUGCUCACUUUAAAUGGUGAGCAGUCAAAAGCCACCUAAAGUCAGGGCAUGCCUUUAAUUACUGGCAGUUGACAGGGUCAAAGCUAAGGACGCUAAGCUCUCUUAGAUAUUAUUUUUAAUCUGUUGGUACCCAACAGCUGAAAUUAUGUUCUGGCACCAUAUUUGGAAUGAGGGAAAGAGGGAAGGGAAGAGAUGCAUAACAGUAAGUAACAGAUCACUGGCAGCUGCCGCAAUUUAAUACACUUUUGUAAUUUAGUCUCAAGAAAACACUAUACUCUCUUGACACACUGUGCCAGAAAUUUUAUAAUGUAUUGUGUUUUGCCUUUUAAGAGUUCACAAGAGCCUGACAGCUUUGCACAUUAAAGGAAGAUACUGAACCAUCCUAAUCCUUCUACUAAAAUAGUAUUAGCAAAUGAGAAGGUUGAAUGAAAAUGUUGUGCAAUUAACAGUUUAAGAGUAAUUACACAAAUUGAACAAAAGCUCUACUAGUUAUUUUUAGACACUUUAAUUCCCAUCAGUUUCACUGACAGGAUCAAGCACAUAACUGUCCAUUAUUUAAAUAAUAUCUCAGAAAAAUUACUCUGUAAGCUUUCUUUGGAGAUUUCCCCCCCCCUUUUUUUUUUAUACUUCCAUUCCAAUUUCAAUAAGGUAUCUGGGAAGUUCUGGGUACAUAGUUUAUCUAAAAUCAUACAAGUUCUUUUUUCAUAACUAUAAAGCAGAAUAAAGUGACAAAUACUGUUUUAUUGGUGGAAAUCUCCAGUGAAAAAAAUAAUGCAGAUGUACUACAAUCACUUACUUCAAUAUUUAAACCUACAUUCAUGUUAUAUAUUUUAUAUUGAGUUUUAUUAAAAAAUAUAAUUUGGUUGUUUUAUGGAAAAAUAUCUGAGAUCUGCUUAUGAAAAUACAAUUGAUACAUGAGUUAUGAUCAACUUCAAAAUUCCCCUGUUAUUCUAUAACUCAUUUUCUACUAAUACUCCAAGAGGGCUACCAAUGACUAUUGUAAGGAAGUAUUUCUGAAUUUUAUUUUUAGUAUUUUUAAUUUCUUUUUCAGAAAGUGCAAGGCUCAGAAAGUCAUUUUGAUGCUACUGGAAAAGCGUGAAUAUUUAUAUUGGAAAGGAAUGGAAUUAAACAUAAUAAAUUUUACAGUCUUUUAAAUUAAAGUUCAUAACUUUAAUUGAUCCCAACAUACUUUAGAAUCUAAUCCCAAAUAUAAUUGUCGGUAUCGUUCUUACUAAUUCCAAGACACAUUUUUCAAAAAUAAAUAUCUACAUAGAU